CUUGCUUCUGGCCUCGUGCGUCGCGGUCCCGCUGGGUCCCUGUACAGCCGGGGGAAGCGGCAUCUGCGGAGUGGCCGCUGGCGUUGGUUGUUUGCGGGAAGACGGCCGUCCGGACGCGCUGGCCUGACCCCCGCUGGUGACCCUGGAAGGCGUCCACAGUGCCCAGUCUCAAGGAGACUAUUAGUUUUUUGACUGGUGAAUGUGGCUGAAAGCUUAGAAUGAAAGAACCUUUGGACGUUGGAUGGGACAAAGCAAUGGCACCACAGCAGGGGCUUUUGGACAAAGUUAAAGAAGAACCUGACGAUGCACAAGAUUAUGGACAUACCCAACAGCCAAAAACUGAAGAAAGUGAACUGAAAAUUAGUGCUGUGUUUUCAGUUAGUGACAGUCCUCUUGCUCAACAGUUCACCCCAGGCUUUCAGCUGCCUCUUGCAACUCCUGGCCCCAAAAUGUUGCUUCCUGUGGUUCCAGCCAUACCUCUUCAGGUUUUUUGUUCUGGUUGUAAAAAAAUGCUUUAUAAGGGGCAGACUGCCUAUCACAAGACAGGAUCUACUCAGCUCUUCUGUUCCACGCGCUGCAUCUCCAGAAAUCCUUCACCUGUCUGCCAGCCGCCGCCUGUUCCCAGGAAAACCUGCACAAACUGUUCGAAAGACAUUGUGAAUCCAAAGACUGUGGUUACCACUCAGUUUGAGAAUUCUACUCCCAGCAAAGAUUUCUGCAGCCAAUCCUGCCUGUCUUCUUAUGAGCUCAAGAAGAAACCUGUCGUUACCAUCUACACCAACAGCGUUUCCACUCAGUGCAGUAUGUGUCAGAAGAAUGCUGAUAUUCGAUUUGAAGUUAAAUUUCAAAACGUGGUACACGGUCUUUGUAGUGAUGCGUGUUUUUCAAAAUUUCACUCUACCAACAACCUCACCAUGAACUGUUGUGAGAACUGUGGGAGCUACUGCUAUAGUAGCUCUGGCCCUUACCAGUCCCAGAAGGUUUUUAGUUCAACAAGUGUCACGGCAUACAAACAGAAUUCUGCCCAGAAGCCUCCAUAUGCCCUGGGGAAAUCAUUGAGGCCCUCAGCUGAAAUGAUUGAGACUACAAAUGACUCAGGAAAAACAGAGCUUUUCUGCUCUGUUAAUUGUUUAUCUGCUUACAGAGUUAAGACUGUUACUUCUUCAGGUGUUCAGGUGUCGUGUCAUAGUUGUAAAACCUCAGCAAUCCCUCAGUAUCACUUGGCCAUGUCAAAUGGAACUAUAUACAGCUUCUGCAGCUCCAGCUGUGUGGUGGCUUUCCAGAAUGUCUUUAACAAGCCCAAAGGAACAAACUCAUCUACAGCGGUGCCCCUGUCUCAGGGCCAAGUGGUUGUAAGCCCACCCUCCGGGUCAGCAGCGUCAGCAGGAGGAGGUAACAGCUCUGCAGUUUCCCCCAGCUCCGUCAGUGGCUCGGCUGCUGCCAAUCUCCAGCCUCUUGCUAAACAGUCCCAGCAAGUUGCUUUGUCCCAUACAGUUGUUAAACUCAAGUGUCAGCACUGUAACCACCUGUUUGCCACAAAACCAGAACUUCUUUUCUACAAGGGUAAAAUGUUCCUGUUCUGUGGCAAGACUUGCUCUGAUGAAUACAAAAAGAAAAAUAAAGUUAUGGCUAUGUGUGACUACUGCAAACUGCAGAAAAUUAUAAAGGAGACCGUGCGAUUCUCAGGGGUUGAUAAGCCAUUCUGUAGUGAAGUUUGCAAGUUCCUCUCCGCACGUGAUUUUGGAGAACGAUGGGGAAACUACUGUAAGAUGUGCAGUUACUGUUCGCAGACAUCCCCGAAUUUGGUAGAAAAUCGAUUGGAGGGCAAGUUAGAGGAGUUUUGUUGUGAAGAUUGCAUGUCCAAAUUCACAGUUCUGUUUUAUCAGAUGGCCAAAUGUGACGGCUGCAAGCGGCAGGGCAAGCUAAGUGAGUCCAUAAAGUGGCGUGGCAAUGUCAAACAUUUCUGCAACCUCUUUUGUGUCUUGAAAUUUUGUCAUCAGCAAAUUACAAGUGACCCCCUCUCACAAAAUAAAGUAAAUGUUUCUAAGGCACAAACUGCUUUGAUGGAGCUCCCUCCUGCAAGGACUACCACAACCCCAGUUAUAACCAAAGUAGUGUCAUUGGCAAAAAUACCUGCCCAGCCUGCCGUGGACACGAGCAAAGUUUUACAAGAUGCAGCUACUAAAGAGGCAGCAAAGGCCAUAGAAGAUGAAAGUACACUAGCAGAUACCCUAAAGCUCAUGUCUUCCCAGCCUCUCAUGGUCUUAAAGAACAAAGCCUUACUGUGCAAGCCUGUCACACAGACCAAGGCCACCUCCUGCAAGCCACACACACAGCACAAGGAAUGUCAGGCAGAUUUACCUGUGCCUAAUGAGAAAAAUGAAGCAGAACUUGAUUCUCCACCUGCGAAGAAGAAAAGAAUAGGUUUUUUCCAGAAGUACGAUGCAGAAUAUUUAAAAGUGGGUUUUAUUAUCUGUCCUGGAUCCAAAGAAGGUUCACCACGGCCUCAGUGUGUCAUUUGCGGAGAGAUCUUACCCAGUGAAAGCAUGAAGCCCGCGAAUCUUUCUCAUCAUUUGAAGACAAAACAUUCAGAAUUAGAAAACAAACCAGUGGAUUUUUUUGAACAAAAAUCUCUUGAAAUGGAAUGUCAAAACAGUUCUUUUAAAAAAUGUUUACUAGUUGAAAAGUCACUGGUGAAAGCUUCUUACUUAAUUGCUUUCCAAAUUGCUGCCAGCAAGAAGCCGUUGUCCAUUGCUGAGGAAUUAAUUAAACCGUAUUUAGUGGAAAUGUGUUCGGAAGUGUUGGGUUCAACGGCUGGAGACCAAACGAAGAGCGUUCCUCUGACUAACAGUGCCAUCGGGCACCGGAUGGACGAGCUGUCUGCCGACGUUGAAGACCAGCUGAUCGCCAAGGUCCGGGGCUCGCCGUGGUUCGCCCUCCAGGUAGACGAGUCGGCGGAGAUCUCAGACGCCCCCCUGCUUCUGUGCUACAUCCGUUUCAUUGAUCAUGAUUGUAAAGAUAUAAAAGAAGAGUUACUGUUUUGCCUUGAGAUGCCUUCUCAGAUGACUGGUUUUGAGAUGUUUGAACUCAUAAAUGCCUACAUCGGCAGCAAAGCUCUGAACUGGAAACACUGCGUUGGUCUCUCUGUGGACGGGGCUGCGAGCGUGACUGGCAGGUGUGCUGCUUUAAGGGCAAAAAUUCGAGAAGCCGCCUCGGACAGAGUGGCGUUUACGCCUUGUUUUCUUCACCGUGAACGUCUAGCUGCAGAAGAGUUGUCCCCAGGCUUACACAAAACUCUUUUGCAGGCGGCACAGAUGUUGAGUUUUGUCAAGAGCAAUGCGUUGAAUUCACGCAUGCUGACAAUUCUGUGUGAAGAGGCGGGGUCUCAGCACAUGCACUUACCGCUUCCUGCUGAAGUGCGCUGGGUGUCGAGAGGGAGAAGCUUAACAAGGUUAUUUGAAUUACGGCAUGAAGUUGAAAUAUUUUUAAAUCAAAAGCAUUCAGAUUUAGCCAGGCAUUUUCGUGAUGAGGAAUGGGUUGCAAAACUGGCCUACUUAGCAGAUGUCUUUUCAUUUAUCAGUGAAUUGAAUUUAAGUCUCCAGGGGACUCUGACCACUGUCUUCAGUUUGUAUAAUAAAAUCGAGGUGUUUAAGAAAAAGUUAAAAACGUGGUUGAGGCGCGCACAGGAGAAUGAUUACGACAUGUUCCCUUCGUUCUCCGAGUUCCUGCACUCAUCAGAGUCAAACACGGGAAGCAUCCCAGGCAUCAUUUUUGAGCACCUGCUAGGACUUUCUCAGAUGCUCGAAGCUUGUUACCCGGCAGCGGAAGACUUUCGUUCAGGAAACUCGUGGGUCGUGAACCCUUUCCUGAAACACCAAAACAAUCAUCUCACCCACGGGGAGGAAGAAAAACUCACACGGCUAUCUUCAGAUUCAGGGUUACAGUCAGUAUUUAAAUCAACGCCUCUCACUCAGUUUUGGAUAAAUGCAAAGGCAAGUUACCCAGAACUCCAUGAAAAGGCAAUGAAGUUUUUGUUACCUUUUUCGACUGUAUAUUUAUCUGACGCUGCCUUUUCAGCUUUGACUGAGUCCAAACAAAGAAAUCUGUUGGUUUCUGGCCCUGCCCUGAGACUUGCAGUCACGUCUUUAAUUCCAAGGAUAGAAAAGUUACUGAAGGACAAAGAAUAGCAACGUGUAUAUUUGCUUAUCAUCAAAGGCUCUAAUUUUGCGUUAAAUUUUGUAUAAGUACCCUAAAAUAUAAUUUCCUAAUGUGGAUUUGUGCUUCCAGUGAUUAAAUAAGUGUUUUAAUAAC